UUACAGUUAAGAAAGCGAUUACGACAAUUACAAUAACAAAAUCGAAACGGUAGUUUCUCAAUCUUCUUCUUCCUUCCGGCACCGGAGACAAUGCCGUCAUCGUCGGAAAUUAUACCCUCGCCGCCGGUAAAGCUAUCUUCCUCUCACAAAUUCUCAAAAAACAAAGCAAUCCGCAUUCUCUUAAAAUCAUGGCGUUCCCAACACCUUCUCCCUCAAAACAUCGCCAAAAAGCUCUGGAAAGGUCUCUUCUACUGCGUCUAUCGCUCCGACAAAUCUCUCCUUCAAGCCGACCUCAUCGAUCGCCUCGCUUCGUAUCUCUCAACAUUCCCUCAUCCUUCUCGCUCGCUGCAGUAUUUCUCCACCUUCUUCCUCACCAUGCGUCGUGAAUGGUCCGGUAUCAAUUCCGUUAGGUUAGACAAAUUCUAUCUCCUUAUUCGUAGGUUUAUAUCCAACGCUUUCUCUUUACUUGAUAAGAAUUCGUGGAAAUUGGAUCUGGUUAAUCUUGUUAUGAAUUGUUUUGAUAAGUCUACUUUUUCUGCGAAAGAUAGGUUUGUUGAGGAAAAACGUGUUAAUUAUUAUGUUGCUUCUGUUUUUCUUCAAGAGCUUACGCCUUUUCUUCCGGUUAAGUUGAGUGUUUUAGAAUUGCUUUUUAGACCGUUUUUCUCUGCUGUGGUUAAAUUGCGUGAUAAGGUUUUGUUAGGGAAGAUUAAGAGUGGCUUUUUUGAUGUGUUGUUGAUGAAUGGGAAGAAGUUGUUGGAGUUUAAGAAGAGUGGGGAGGAAUGUGAUGGUGAUGUUGUGAAUUUGGGAACAAUAGCGGUGGUUAUGGGUUUUUCUUCCAAGUUAUUUGAGUUGGCUUCUAAUCCUGGUUGUGUUAAUAGCAAAAGAAAGGUUUUGUUUGAAUUGCACAAUGAGUUCUUGAAGCUGGAGAAGGAUGUUGUUAAUUCUGGCUUUGAGUUUUUCCUUCCUGACUCUAUUGACCGGGUAGUGCUGGAUUCUGUUGACAAAGUGAGAAAGCCAAAAAAGAACCAGAGGAAGAUUAACAAGAGUGAUGUAUCUAAGAAGAGAAAGAGAACAGAGAACUCGAAAGGAGAGACAUCUCAGGGGGUUGUAUCUAGGAAGAGAAAGAGAACAGAGAACUCUAAAGGAGAGACAUCUCAGGAUUUUGAUUUGAACACUGCUGAUGCGGAAGAUGUCUCUGCAGUAGCAAAGAGUGCGGACAAGAGUUCCAAGAAAGUAAAAUUUUCCAUGGAAAGUAACUUGUUCUGGAAGCAACACACUCCUUUACCUCCUCAGAGCUUGAGAAUUCCCCCCUCUGCUACACCCAGAGGAAGUGCAUUGAAAAAGGGUUUACCCCCAGGCCCCAUCAGGGAAAUGCCUCUCCCGACCAAAAAGGUUAAACAGAAGAAGUCCAAGAAGACAAGAAAACUAUUGAAGGAAAUAGUGGAUUUCGCUAAAGCUUUUAUGAGAUGACAUUUCCCUGAUUAUUUUUUCAAUAGUUUGUUUGUUACUGUUAUGAAAUUUUGAAACUUCAUUAUCAUAGUAAAUUUUUGCACCAAGUGAAAUGAAAAUUGACUUUUAGAUUAGAGAACAAAUCUCUUUAUGAUUAAUGUGUGGUUCAUCUACAUAUCCAUGCCAUUUCUUGCUAUCUUAUUAUUAUUACUAGCGAGUAGCGUCCAGACGGUGGCCACUCACGUGCCCGUCCGUCCGCUUUUUUUAACCCGCACUGACUUGUGAAAUAAUAAGAUAUUAUAUGUUAACUUAAUAUUGAUUUCAAAAAUUGAAAAAAAAAAAAACAAAAAAUUUAAAACUGAUUAAUCUUACUUUUAUUUAAAAAUAAGAUAACCAACUUCCACUUAUCACCUCUAAUAUAUAUUUUUGAAAUAUUCACAAUAAAUAGAGGGUAAAAUUGGAAAGAAAAUAAGCUAUACCUAUACCAAAUAUUGGCAUCUUUGGUUGAAAAUAGUGUCUUGAGUUUUCUCUUAUUCCUCCUUAAACAUCUCCAUAAACAAAUGGAUGAUCUUUUGCCGAUUUAGGUUUGGAAUUAGGAAAUUGCUUAGAUUGCAUGAAGUGCUAAUUGUUUUUCGUUUUCCUUGAAAUUAUCAUCUAGGUUUAUCCCCACUAUGCUUUAAAAGACGUGUUCUUUUUUCCAUGCUAAUCUGUUUGAUGUGAACCCAUCACUGUAGUUUUUCAAUUAAGUUCAUUUCUUAGAAAAGCACAACAUGUCCUUAAUUUUGAUAUAAUGAUCUACUUUCAUUGGGGAAAGCAUAGGCUUUAUGAGCAUUCUGCACAGGUAUCAAGAUUGUAAAAGUUCUUAUUCGUAGAGAAGGUGACAACAUUCAGCAGGUUUUGCAUCUGCAUAUAUGUCUCUAUUUGUUUCAUUUCAUAAUGCCUAACUCAUCCCUUGAUUUUGAGCAACAAAUAUGUGAGAAGUUUCCAAAUGAUAUCUCAGAUAGGCAUGUGUUACUGUUGGAUCCUAUCUUAGGCACAGGUGUGUCAUUCUUGUAAUGUAUGUUUAAUUUAAAGCUGGUCUAAAGUGUGUUUUAUGCAUGCUGACGUAUGAACUGCACAAGAUGAAUAUUUCAGUUUUUAAACAAGUCACUACUCUUUAGUUUUUGAUGGUCAAUACAAAAUUAAAUCAAUGUAAAAAUUACUUCAAAACCUUUUUUGUUGUGUAAGUCAAUUUCAUGCUAAACGUUGUAGUGUGUAAUUAUCUAAAUAUAAUUUGGUGAACAUUGAUAUGGUAGAUACACAUAGCUAUCGAGUUUGAACAUUCAUGAGAGAUAAAUCAUAGUUAUCGAAUAGAAAGUGAAAAUAGUCAUUUUAUCUUUAGUUAGUGUCUGCUGUUCUUGGAAUUGGUUAUCCAUUGCUUUGUCACUUUGUUGAGUAACAAAAUCUUAGAGUCUUUUGCUUCUGAAUUUAUUACAUUCCAUUGACCAUUUUAGAAAUCAUGCACGGACCAAUUUGUUUCCAGUUUAGUGCUUCAGUUUUUUAGUAUUCGAGCAGUCUCUAAAUGAUUUAUAGCAUGUAAAAAAUGCGCAUGAACCAUCAUCAACCGCCUACUGCAACUUUAAGCUAUGCAGCAGUUAGCAUGAUUAGGGUGAUUUAAAAUUGACAUUUAAUUUGUUGGCUUUUUUCUUUUUCCGUUUUGAUUAACCUUAUAAUAUCUUCAUCUUCAGGUAAUUCUGCUGUUCAAGAAAUUUUUUUAAUUUUAAGGAUGUACCAGAGUCCAAUAUUAUAUUUCUCAAUCAACGCACCUCAAGGUGUGCAUGUGGUCUGCAAAAGAUAUAUGAGGAUAAAUGUUUUGACAUCUAAGAUUAUUUUGUCUCUGAUUUUCUCCUGCUCAUUCAAACUUUAAUCGGUUCAAUUAAUGCCAUCUGUGAACCGAGUUCAGUUCGCCAACAUCUUGACGUAAUUUACUAUCAGAUUUUUAAGUGGAAAAUUUGUUUCUGUCUCCAUCAAAGAAGUUGAAGCCUUACUCCUAUGUCACAAAACUCAUCUUGAGCAUUUUUGCAAGUAAACCGUAGCUACUGCGCCCCUGACCGCCUCUUCUACUGCAUCAAAUUCAGUUACUUCGGCCCUGUUACUUGAUUCUCAGCCUCAGGUCAACAUAGCACAAUCUGCUGAAGGUUCCACUGAUUGGUCCGUUUGAAGAUUUCCAUGUCAUUCCUUGGAUGGGUUUGGGGAUUGAUUUUGGAACAAAUGAUGAGGACUUGCAAGGUGGAAGCCCGUUCACAUAGUUAUUCUCGGGAAAAAUCCACCAUAUUUUGUGGUUGAUCAUUAUUUAACAAAAAAGAUUAGACUUUACUGAAUUGGGUCUCUGCCGGGAUCUGAGUGCUAGUUUUAAAUCAAUUUUGUUUUUCUUUAACCAAUGCACAUCGUUGGAAUUCUCCAAUGCAGUUUUUGUAUAAUCUUUUGUUAUUAUACCAGAGUUUUACUUUCAACUUGUUCUCGGACGAUACUGAUUUAGCAUGAAGUCCGAGAUUUAUACUUCAUAUAAUUGUAGAAAUGAUAAUAAUUUUAUUUUAUUUAAGUUGUACAAUUUCUUGGUCUGCAAAGUUGUGACAUGUCUUCACAUUCACCUGUAUAUUUAAUUCUCUUCAAUCUGACUCACAAUUUAGGAAGAUAUGCGGGUGUGAGUUACACACAUGUACAUGUAUCUUGAAUGUUGAACUUGAUUCUGAAAAAGACAACAAUUUUUUUAAAUGUGGCUGAGACAGAGUUCUGUAAACAAUCCACAUACUAGGAUAUUAUCCAUGAGGUUAAUAUCUCAAUUUUGUAUGUAGGCUUGAUAUUUUCAGAAAGAAACAAGUCCUAGUUGAUGAUGAACAUGACCACAAAAUUUCUUUUUUAUCUUUUA